AUGAUAGUUGGGUUAUUUUUAGUUGUUGUAUUUCUUACUAUUGUAAUAAACAGAUGGAAGUCGUGGAGAAUUUUGAAACUUUCGAGACAGUUGCAGAAUAAAUUUAAAGCAUACCCAUUAGUUGGACACGGGUAUGUGUUUAGUGGGUCCGAUGUAGAUCGCAUGACAGCUUUCAUACAAUUUGGCUUGGAGGCGAUUAAAAACAAUGGCGUAACAAGUUUAUGGUUGGGCUUAGAUUUUUACACAGUUAUUGCCGAUGCAGUUAUAGCAGAUAAAGUAAUGAAAUCUUGUCUAGAAAAAAGUAACUUAUCGGACGUUAUUCGUCAUCUCCUUGGAAAUGGAAGCAUAUUUGCCCCUGUUAAAGUUUGGCGACCUCGUCGAAAAGUUGUUGCACCAACUUUCUCGCAGAAAAAUCUUCAGACUUUCGUAGAAAUUUUCUCAAAGCAAAGCUGCAUUUUGGCAGAACGGUUAAGCUUGGUUGCUGACAAGGAAGCAUUUUCCGUUUGGAAAUACUUUACGACAUUUACCAUGGACUCUGUUUGUGAAACGGCUCUUGGUAUUAAGGUGAAUGCACAAACUCAACCUGAUCAGCCUUUCUUGGCUGCGUUUGACGAGUAUUGCGAGCUGAUCGCCGCCCGUAUGUGCCAACCCUGGUUGCGUAUCAACGCUCUCUACAAACUUUUCCCAGACUCAAAAAAGUUAGAUAAGUACAAGAAAUUGAUUUGGGAUUAUGUUGACAAGGUUGUAAAAUCAAAACUAGCAAACAAGAAACAUCUACCACCCGAUGAAAACGCAAAAGCUUACAAGACCUUCCUCGAAUUGAUAAUAGAAUCAUCAGGCAGUCGUUGUUUCACCAACGUUGAACUUCGAGAAGAAACUCUCGUGAUCGUCUUAGCCGGGACAGAUACAUCUGCCGUCGGUGCGUCAUUUACUUCGGCAAUGCUCUCUAGAUACAUGGAAGUGCAAAAUAAAGUUUAUGAUGAGUUGUGCGAAGUUUUCGGAGACUCGAGAAGGCCAGUUACGUGUACGGAUUUGCCAAAACUGAAAUAUCUGGAGGCUGUCAUCAAAGAGACAAUGAGGCUUUACCCGCCAGUUCCCAUUAUAUCUCGAAAAAUAGAUAAGGAUAUCACUUUACCAUCUGGCUUAACACUCGUAAAGGAAACUGAUGCAAUUAUAAACAUUUGGGCUCUUCAUCGUAAUCCACGUUAUUGGGGCGAAGAUGCUACAGAAUUCAGACCGGAACGGUUUCUGGAAGGUCCAAUCGAGCAUCCGGCCGCUUUUAUGCCUUUUAGCAAUGGAGCCAGAAAUUGCUUAGGUUAUCAAUAUGCAAUGAUGGCGAUGAAGACGGUGCUAGCGACAGUUUUACGUCGGUAUUGCUUCUUACCAGCUGAGCCCAAUGCAACGGAAGCCGAUUUACGGAAACCGCUUCGAGUUAAAUACGACGUUAUGAUGAGAAAUGUAGAUAAUUAUAUGGUGCGAAUAGAAUCUAGGUGCAAAAGCAGUGCCGACACUUUGGUUGAGAUUUGA